AUGGGUAAUGGAUUAGAAGAGUACAAGAAACUUACUACCCAACUAGAAGUGGAUGAGCUGGUUACCACACUGGAUACUGUCUUUCAGGAGAAGGACAGUUUGACAAAUAUAGAUGUGAUCCUCACAGUUAUCAAGUAUGUUGUUUCACACCAUCAAGUAAUGCCUAAAUCUGUUAUCCUGAAGUUGAAUUGGUUUUUUGCACAUUCAUUAAUUGGCUUUUCACAAUUAAUAAAGUUUGGAUCGGACAUUGAUGCUAAGCAAAGCGAGCAGUUGAUAUAUAUUGAAUAUGUGACACAAUUCUUAAAGUCUUCUACCACUUAUUUACAGAAUUAUUUGAUCGAAUGUACGGAGAAUAGAACUAAGGAGUUGAUAUUAAAAAGAACUUUCACAGGAAGUACUGUCUUCAAUUUUGUUAAAGGGAAACUAAACCCAUUGGAAUACAUUGAACUGCUGAAUAACCAAUUAGUCUUUGCACUUGAUAAAUUGGAUUCAAGAUCUGGUGAUUUUCAUAAAUAUUUGGGCAAUCAUAUUGCAUCACUUUGCGACUUUCAUAAUAUUUUUGCGCCUGAUGUAAUACUAUCUAAGACGUUCCUUAUAAAGCAAGAACGAUUAGAAACUCUUUCUCUAUUUAUGAAAAAGACAUCAGAAUAUACCAGGUAUAAAAUAGGGAUAAAGUAUCUUCUCCCAUAUCUUGACAAGGUAUGUUCGGAUACCAAUGCACAAUUGGUACAUCAUAUAUUAGGUACUCUAGGAAUCGGUAAACUAAUACUGGUACAAGACAUAUUUAGGCUGAAUAGUUUUACCUUACAGAAAACUAUACUUGCGAUCCUAGAUUCAAAGAAAAUAGAUUCCGUUAUGGAUUUUUUGCUGAUGAAAUUUCAUAGUAUUGAAUAUGAAUCUGAUAACAAUACUUGCCAGUUGAUUGUAACAAUUCUAAAGAACCAUCUAAAUGACUCUGGUAAAAUAAAAGUGUGUCAUUCUGAUCAGUUUCUAAAUGCUAUAACGAAGAGACUGAGUGAUCAAGAUAAAAUAAUCCGGGAAAGAUCAAUGUACAUUGCAAAAAUAGCCAGUAAUCAUAAAAUUGACUAUGAAUCUGAUUUUACUAUUGAUAUCGGAAAAUCUAUAGCUCAUGAAAACUAUGAAGUUCCAGAAUCAGAUUGGUCUCUCAUAUUGAAUUCAGUUAAUUCCAAUGUCAAUACUAAUUCUUCAGAUACGAAUAUAUCUACCAGCACACAUGCCUUAGAGGCAUUGAAUCUUGAUGAUAGUGAUGAUGAAGAAGAUGAGGAAGGGGAUCAACUAAAAUAUGUUUUCUUGAAGGAUCUCACUGCAGCCUUAGAAAACAAAUCUCAAAGAGGAUUAACAAAUAUACUGAAGAACACUGUAAAAUUAGUUAGACAGAAAAAAUUGUUCCGCUCAGAAGUUGCAUAUUAUGCAGGUGCAAUGAUUAGAAAUAUAGUGAUUCUAAACAAUGACUUGGAUGAGAAGCAAUUUGAGGAGUUAAGAGUUAAUGCACUUGUCAGUAUUCUUGUAGUGGUCCCAGAGAAAAUCGACGAAUUGUUGAAGAUGUUAUUUACAGCUGAACUUUCAUUGCAACAGCGGUUAUCUUUGUUACUAUCUGUGUCAAUGUCUGCGCGGGAGUUACGUGGGUACGAUGAUAAGCAGAUACUAAAGCCACAGUUUGAUUUUCCUACAUCUAUGCUGCCUUGGGACCGGAGACAAGAAAAUAAUCGUAUUGAAGAGAUUGAUGACAAUGGUUCAGAUAACACAAGCGGGGGUAAAGUGCUAUGGAAGUCCAGUAAACUGACUAAAAAUACCGAAGAAAUCAAUAACAGGUUCCGUGAAUACGCAUCCAAAUUUUUCUAUCCAUUAGCCAACGGAUGGCUGAAUGGAAUUGAUCUCGGUACCUUCGACAAAUUGUUCAAAACUUAUUACUUGAGCACAUUGAAAACUGUAUAUAAUUGUGCAUAUCUAGUGCACGACUUCGAAGACAUGACCACCACAAUGGAUACAAUACUGCAAGAUGCUGUCAACAAUAAUAUCCCCUUAGAAUUGCAAUAA